CCAACACAACGCAUGGAUACACAUCCCCCUCUGAAGGUCUUCUUGGCCAACCGUUAAUCAGCGCAGGGACCAAGGACCUUGUUCUUGAGGUGGUGAACUGUGGCUUCCUGCCUACUGUUUGUUUGUUUGGGAUUGUCGGGAACAUCAUGAGCUUUGUAGUCCUGUGCGUGCAAGGCUCCAAGGAGAGAGUCAAUGUCAUCCUGUUUGGAAUGGCAGUUUCAGAUACUUUGUUUCUUGUAACGGCACUGAUGAGGAAAUUAAACUGUCUUGUGUCCAAAGUCGAUGCUUUUGCUGCUGAUGAUCUCAGUACAAUCAUGAAAUCCCACGUUCUGGUUCUCAAUAUCCUUUUUGGGCGGAUAACGACACUCUUGAUCAUGCUGAUAGCCAUCGAACGCUUCAUAGCAGUGUAUUUACCCCUGAAAGCUCAUUAUCUGCUCACGCCACGGCGUAUGAUAGUCGCAGUAACCAUCCUUUAUAUUUCUGCAACCACAGCUAUGGCCCCGGCUCUAAAUCUCUAUGAAACAGUCUGGGUGUACAACAGCCAACAAAACAGAACAGUGCCGUUUCUGAAACCAACCCAGUUCAAUCUGGACAAUUUGGAUUUUUUCAGUUUCUAUCUUGAUCAGUUUCUGAACUUUGUGUUCCGGUACAUUCCAUUGUUUCUGGUGUGCCUGUUCACUGCGCUUGUGGUGUCCAAGUUGAAGCGCAGCGCGUCAUGGAGACGUAGGAUCUCUUCCACUGUAGACAAGGUCAAGGACGACGACCGCACCACCAGCAUGCUGCUCCUCGUCAACGCCAUCUACCUCAUCUGUGUAAUCCCAGGGACAAUAACAAUUACCGUAAGGUUCAUCGUCCCUGAAUUCGACUUCCAAGGACGAUAUGCAAACACCUUUAAUCUGAUCGGAGGUUUUAUUUUGCUCUUUGAGUCCUGCAACUCAUCUGUCAACUUCAUUGUAUAUAUGGCAAUGAGCAGACGGUUCUCGGCCACGUACAAGAGAGUGUUCUUGUGUAGAAGGAUGCCGGUAUUUAAAUACGGAGAAAGUCAAGUUACUCAUCUCCCCAGCUCAUCCGGCUCAGCACCGUGAAACGCAAGGAACGGGUAUUGGUGUCAUCCUGUCUCAACCCCUCAAUCUAGUGCGUAUGGCUGUACGCCGCUUCAGAAACAUUUCAGAAAUAUCACGUCAGGGGACUAACUCGGGUCUUCCGCGUGACGAGCGACCCCACACCAACAAGACAUACAAUUGAUGCAGAACAGCUGAUGUAUUUUUUAGGAACAAUGUGUCCUCAAUUGUUCAGUAUGAUUAAGGAGUGGUGAAUCUGCCUUAAAGACUGUGAUAAGAUACUUUACGUUAAGUAAACGUUGCACAAGCACUUGAUAAUGAUGCGACGGAAAUAACACUAAUGCAUAGUAUCGUGGAGCCUUUCAGGGUUAGCCAGACUAACUCAUGAACGUGGCACUUGUGUUUCACAGUUUGUAUGUCAGUACUUAUCACACUGUUCUUGAAUUAAUUACAUAUGCAUUGUAUGUUUGUUCGUAUGUU